GGUUUUCACUUUUGCUGGGCCAUCGUUCGUCGCGAAGGUUGUUUGUGCGUUGUUCGAAUUUGGAUUUUUCCUUUCGAUCGGGCGCGAGUGAAAAUCCUUUUGUUGAGGAAAAUUUGUGAAGUUUUUUUGAUCAGUUUGAAGUUUUAUUCGAUUAAUUUGAUGAUUUGUGCCUGCCGUGCAUAGUGUUUCGGUCUUCGCGAAAGCUGCAAGCUCUUGAAGAGUGUGGCAAUCGUCACAACAGAAAAGUGUGCGGAAGUGACUGCCCUGAGCGUUCGCUGUAGGAAAUGAGCAGUGCAAAAGUGGCUCCAGCACCAGCAGUGACAAUGACCACGACUGAAACGGUCACCGCUUCCGUCGCCGCCAAGGCAGCUCAACAGACCACGGCGUCCGCGGCGGCGGCUGGGUCACAGACUCAGCAGCAGCAACGUUCCUACGGGAAGAUUGUCCUAACGUUGGAAAAUUGUCUACUCCCGGAGCCGAAGCUCGAACUGACGCCCUCGCAAGCGGAUGGAUUGGAUCGGGAGACGGAGAUCGAUCUACGAAUACUGGGCUGCGAGCUCAUCCAGACUGCCGGAAUCCUGCUAAAACUGCCCCAGGUGGCCAUGGCAACCGGGCAGGUACUGUUCCAGCGGUUCUUCUACUCAAAGUCCUUCGUACGGCACAGUAUGGAAGCGACGGCGAUGAGUUGCGUCUGCUUGGCGUCCAAAAUCGAGGAAGCCCCUCGGCGCAUUCGGGACGUCAUCAACGUGUUCCACCACAUCAAACAGGUCCGCGGACAGAAGCCCCUGAUACCGAUGAUCCUGGAUCAGCACUAUAUCAAUCUGAAGUCACAGGUGAUAAAAGCGGAAAGACGAGUUCUCAAAGAGCUGGGAUUCUGCGUCCACGUGAAGCAUCCUCACAAGCUGAUUGUCAUGUACCUGAAGUACCUGGAGCUGGAGAAGCAUCAAAGCAUGAUGCAGAUGGCGUGGAAUUUUAUGAAUGAUUCGUUUCGAACGGAUGUUUUCGUGCGUUACCAACCGGAGACAAUCGCUUGCGCCUGUAUCUAUCUGACGGCCCGGAAGCUGAACAUUCCUCUGCCUAAUAACCCCUCGUGGUUCCUAAUAUUCCGGGUUAGCGAAGAAGAUAUGUUGGAUGUAUGCUAUAGAAUAAUGGCUUUGUAUAAAAGAUCAAAACCAAAUGCAGAAACUUUGGAUGACGCUGUAGAGAGUCUCAAAAAGAAAUACCAAGACCAAAAGAAGAAAGAUCGAUCGGACACGAGCACUCCGCCUACGGUGAUUACCGUUGACCGUAACAACGGGUCCCACAACGCCUGGGGCGGCUUCAUCUCGCGAGCUCUCCCCGUUACAGCCGGUGGCGACAACAAUGGAAAUAACAACACCGACAAGGACAGCAAAAAGUCACACUCAAAGUCGCGAUCACGCUCACGCUCGCCACGAUCCCGAUCGAGAUCGCACUCUCGCUCGCGUUCGCCUUCUCGUUCACGUUCCCGCUCAGCAUCGCGAUCGUCGCGUUCGAAAUCUCGGUCCCCCCGGUCGCGGACACAGUCGCGAUCGCGGUCUCGAUCGCGCUCUUCGCCGACCACGCACUCUCCGGCGCACUACAACGACAAAAGCGGCGGUUCACGGAAAAGCAAAAAGACGCGCCAUCGAUCGCGAACCCCGUCCAAAUCGUCCGGCAAGAAGAAGUCCAAACACUACUCGCGCUCCCGCUCGGUCACGCCCGACUCGCCACCAAAGUACAAAAAGAGCGAAAAGAAAUACGAUCGCCGAAGAGACGACCGGGACAGCCGUGACAACCGGUACAUCAACGGAAACGAUCGGGAUCGCUCGUCCAAGAAUGAUCGGGACCGGAAUCGCGAUCGUGAUCGUAAUCGCGACCACAAGGGCGGCUACGAUAGGGAUGACUACCGGAAGGACCAUCGCAGCGGCGGCUACGGGAACGGCGACAAGCGGGACAAGUAUAGCAGUAGUAGCAGUAACCGACACAGCAACGAUAGGCAUCGAUCUUCAAAGCACGACCGGGAACGGGACCGUAGGAGAUAAGGUUGUGCUACUGUGGUCGGUUGGAUGUUUUUUAUCAAGUUGUGGAAAUGCCAUUUUAAGAGGAAUUCUUAGGUUCUAAUUGUUUUUUUUGGAAAGAGUUACACAGUGAUGAUUAGGAUAUGAACGAACCUUAUACGUUUUGUGGGACAUUGAUCACCAAACGAAUAGCUUUGAUUUACAAACUUCAUAUGAUAUGAUCACAGGUUGAGCUUUAAUGUGUUUGUUAAAAUAAAUUGCAUUCAAAUUGACAACGUAUGAUGGAUAUUUCACCGAAGCUAUAAAUGUGUUUCGGAUUUUUUUUUCAAUUGAAUUGUCUGAUUUGCUUCGAGAAAAGACAAUUAUGCCAGUAGCAUUUGGCCUGUGUAUAAACUUCUUCAUUUCACACUGAGAAUAGAUCAAAUGGAACAAAAAUAAAAUUACUUGAAAUGCGA